AUGAAGGCCCAGAAGGACCGGCGGAACAACUUCCUGAGGCGCACGAAGGCGACGGCGCCCCCCGACAGCACCGACCCCGCCACGGAGGUCCCCGACACCACCGCCCCCACACAGCGCUACACUCGCCGAGGCAACUCCAAAUUCAAAACCAAUCCCGGCCGGAAAGACGCGAAAAAAGAAACUAAGGAGGAAAAAGAACCAGCGGAAAAAGACGGCGGGAAAAUUGAAAUCCGAACGCGUCCGCCAUCUUUGAACAGCGCGACUCGCAGUGCGCCGGCGCGGGGCUUCGCGCGGCGGCGGCUUGGAGGGGCGAACGCAACGUCAACCACCCCAGCACCUUCAAGCACCUCAUCAUCAACAUCAGCGACCACGCGCCGCCCAUUCCGAGUAGCCAGUCGCCGCCGGCCGGUGGCUACCACCGCCGCCACCUCCACUACAGCCGAGACCAAGGCCACUACUGCAGAGACUAAAGCUACUACUGCCGAGACCAAGGCCACUAGUGCGGUGACUACGGGCACUACGGUCGAGGAGAGGGCAGAGACUAAGGGACCGACUACGCCGGCGACGACCACGUUGGCUAGUGAAGAGGUGCUGCAGGAUAUUGAGGAGAGAGAUUCCAUCGAAGACCCAUCGUUGGCGCCGCGCAACAUCCAGCAAACCAUCAAAAAGACAGUAAAGAUCCAGCGACGACCGCUCACCUCCUUGCGAGAACCUGUAGACCUUAACCCUUCAGCCACCAACGAGGAUAGAAAAGGACAGACUAAAGACCCCCCGACGAAGGAAGACGAUAGAAAGAGACAAAGCAAAAAGUACAGUUCCAGCUUCAAACAGAACCAGUUGGAUGAAGUUAUCAGGCUGAAGACGAAAAGUCAGGAGGAGUUUGAUGCAGCUACGCAGGGCACCACUGAAAAUGAUAACAGCGCCGAAACAGCUGUAGCCAUCGCUGCGCACCAGCUGCUAUCAGCUCCUUUACCAGCCGACUCGUUCGCGGAGCAAGCCAAAACCAGCUAUAAAAAGACCAGCCAGAAAAGCUUUUAUCCCACUACCAAGUCAUUCUCUUACACCUCAACCGUAGAUUUCGAUACCGACCACGACUCGUCGAGUAGACUGAGCGAAGGGUUCACAACACCCAGUCCAAUUUACAGAGGACCUUCUUUCUCUAGUAUCGCCAAUAGAGAAUACUCAUCUUCUCCCGGCUACUCGACAACUGUGAUACCCAUUUCUGGAUACUCUUCAGGACUAUCGAAGACAUCUGGGUAUUCAAGCACGCCCAGCUAUUCUAGCACUUCUCGACUGCCUUACCCUACAGCCCAACGACCUUCAGGGUUCACGACGGCUGGCUUCCUAAGCGGUGGGUUCUCGAUAUCUCCCGCGUUAGGGCCGUCGACUGCGAGGUUCCUAGAUACCAGUAACAAGUACGAGCCGGCUCCCAUUGAUGACUUUGGAGGAUACACUAGCGGGGACAACCCUGAGCCGGCAUACUUCACCAGGGAAUAUCUGUUGGAGUCGCCAGUCACUAAAACUUAUGAUGAUCAAUACCAGUACCUGUCUCCGGCGCGCACAGAGCCCUCCACAACCAGGAAGCUGCCCAAGAAGACCGUGUUCAGGAGGAUAUCAACGACGCUGGGCCCGACUGCCGCAGCCCUGGUUACUACGGCCAAGCCGAGGCGCGCGCCGCAGAGGAAGCCUUUUGAGAAGAUAUCGAAGGCAGUAGUGGAGGCGCCGGGCCGCACGUACCGGCCCAUAGACAACUACGACUACUACGACGACAGCGACGAGAAGCUCGCUACCAACAAGCAGGCCAGCAAGGUUAUUGUUCAUGGGAAAGGAUCAAUAGAAUGCCUGGACAUCGGCAACUUCCCGCACCCGACGUCGUGCAAGAAGUUCAUCUCGUGCGCGCGCAUGGAGGGCGGCGCCACCGUCGGCUGGGAGUACGUGUGUCCGAAGGGGCUGAGCUUCGACCCUGUCGGGGGGAUAUGCAACUGGUCUGCGGGGCUCGGCUGCAAUGAGAACUAA